AUGUCUUCAGAACAUGGAGCUAACAAACGGCAUCAUAACCCAGUGGACAGUAUAUGCAGGAAGAUCAAAUCUAUACAAAUGAUGGACCAAGUCUCUAACCCUGCUUUGCAGAUACCAAAAUUUCAGUCCCGGAACUUCGACAGUCCACAGUGCAAUAUCAAAAAAAAUCUAGAAGAAAUAUUAAAGAAAAGAACUUUUAGAAGUCAUGAUAGUAGUAGUCCGCACUUGAGCAGUCCCAGCAGUGACAGUCUUUUCUUUGCAGACUUGCAGUUGCUGUCGCCUUGUCUCAGGCGUUUCUCUGACUCCCAUCCUGCAAAUGCUACAUAUUCAAUAAUUAAAAGUGAAGAGAGAUCCAGCAACUCAUGGAUGCCAGUAUGUCCCAUGGAGAACUGUUCUCCAUCCUACUUCAGAUCCAGAGAGGCUAAUACUCAGAAUAAACUGUGUGCUUUAUCAAAUAUUGAAUCUAAAGAUGUGCUUCGUGAACAGAAGUAUUUCACAUCAAGUCCAAAUUUGUAUUUCCUCACAUCUGAUAAAAAGUCAGAAAGUGCUGUGAUCCAAUCUCCUGCGACAAAGAGACCAUCUUUGAGUGAAAGAGGAUGGAAGCAGUCACUGGGCUACAAAGCUGACAACACGUAUGAUGUGAGCUUGAUCUGUGAAGAAGACCUGCUGACCACUAUCUUCUGUGCAUGUGACAUAGAGCAUACAGGAAAGGUAGCAGUUUCCAAGAUAGUUGAUUUUCUGAGACACACGACAAGUCGGGGAUCAGAAGAUAGUGGUCUUGAAGAGCUGUGCAACAUGCUUGACCCAGAUCAAAAAGACAUCUCCGUGGACCUGGAAACAUACCAUGCCAUCAUGAAAGAGUGGAUUGAAGACUGUAGGAGAAAAUGGCAAGAUGGUGCCACUGAGGAACCAACAGUAAGCACGGAAGACCUGGAACUUAGAGCGCAUAAAAACACCUCUGAAGCAAAAAAGAUGCAUGUCCAGAUGAAUGUUACAUCAGGAAGCUUGGAGGCCUUUGGGGGUGAUGUGUCUAAAGGAGACAUGGAGACUUCUGACUUGAUAACCUGUGUUGCGGACCUGCAGUACAAUAACCAGAAGCUUCAGGAAGAAAACAACAAGCUGAAGCUCACACUGGAAGCUGUGGAUGAGACCAACAACAAGCUAAUGGCAGAUAAUGAGGAUUUACGUCAACAAAUAAAAAGCAUCCAGCAUUCUGUGCUGAAAGCCAAAUCACUGGAAGAAGAACUAGAAGAAGCAAAAAACUACCUGAACUUGUCAGAAGAGGAGAGACAGGAGAUUCUCUGCCAGAAUAAACAGCUAAAUAUUAGGAAUAGCAUGGACACCGAUGGACUUAAAAAGAAGAUUUUGGAGCUGUCUAAAAACGCAGCAGAGCUUCAAAUCCAAGCACAUAUCUAUGAGAACACUGCAGUGAAUAAAGAGGCAAGCUUGAUCCAGAAGGAACAGGACAUCAAAGAACUGAAGUUAACCAUUGCGGAGUAUUCCUCAAUAAUAGAGACUUUACGGGCAGAAAAAAAUAAACUACUGGAGAACAUGCAACACAUGCAGCAAGAGCUGAUCUUAAAUAGGUUGAGUUUCCCAUUGUUGUGUAAAUUUAACAGUAAUAUUCCUGAAGGGACAAAUUCACUGCGCUGUGAACUGGAACUCGCUCAGUCUUCUGAGAUUACCAAGACUGAAUGGACAUCCCUGGAUGAAACACUGGACCGUGAAGUGAUGUUUUUACUUCAGGGACCUGAAUACGCAGGAGAAAAAUUUAAGACUAUCAUGCAGAACCUGCAAGAGGAAGUCUCUGAAGCAGAGGAGCUUGUCAUGGCUUCUCUACAGUGGGUAGAAGAUCCUGAUGUGAACAUGCAACAGGCUUGGGAGAGAAAACUUGUGGUUCUCAAGCAAGAACUGGAAGAAAAAAGACGCCUUUGGAUCCAGAAACUUAAGCUCUUAGAAAAAUACAAAGAUUUCAUAGAUAAGGAUUUCAUUCAAAUGGCAGGCAACCUGAGGAGAACCAAGACAGAGCAAUUUCACCUAAGAAAAGAGCUCUCUGCCAGGCAACGUGAGAUAGAGACUGUCAAACAGUUACAAGAAGAAACUGCUGGCCAAGCAGAAGCCCUUAGUUUAGAGCUGCAAAAAGCUACAAAGCAGCUUGAGGAUGCCAGUAAACAGGCAGAGGAUCAAGUUGAAGCCUUUCACUCGGCUUGUGAGGAAGCCACAUCCUUGAAAUGCAAGUUAGAGGAAGCCAUUUCUGAGCAGCAAAAACUCAAGGAUGCGAAUGCAGCUUUAACAAGAAUAUGCCAGUUGCUUCAAGAGAAGGUGGAAGACCAGAAAAGCUGCCUUGUUAUGGAGGAAAAACCACCCAAGGGCUCACACAAAAAAGAGGAAGAUGUGCUGACUUCUGUAGCAAUGGAGAAAAACAACGAUAAGGAUCCAGCUGGUCCUGUAGCAGGAGCAGAGCUGGCCAAGAUGGAAUUCUGCCCUGUGAUGGAAGAACACAAAACUGCAUUUCAAAAUCUUUUAAAACAAGAGCUGGAGGUGGACCAGGAAAAGAAAAAUAAUAAAGAGCAGAGAGAGGAAGCACCAGCUGUGGUUCCUAGUAGGAAAGGGAGUUCACCCACUGCAGGUGGCAUUAAAGGAGAUAAAACAAAGCAAAAGGAGCCUGACUCCCCUAAUGAGAAAGAAGUGGAGGCUGAAUUUCUGAGAUUGUCUUUAGGUUUUAAAUGUGACUUGUUUACCUUGGACAAGAGAGUGAAGCUUGAAGAAAGGUCCCGAGACUUGGCUGAAGAAAAUUUGAAAAAGGAGAUCACAAAUGCUCUAAAAAUGCUAGAGGCUUUAGUUCCUUUGUGUGAAGAAGAUAAUCAAGCACAGGAGGUUGUUAAGAAGUUGCAGAAAAGCUUGCAGUUCCUUAGCCAGUAUGCAGCACGAGUUGCCAGUAGAGCAGAGAUGUUGGGAGCUAUUAAUCAGGAGAGUCGUGUCAGCAAAGCUGUGGAAGUAAUGAUCCAACAUGUGGAAAACCUUAAGCGAAUGUAUGCAAAAGAACAUGCAGAACUUGAGGAGCUGAAACAGGUCCUGCUCCAGAAUGAGAGGACCUUUAGUACUCUUGGAGAUCAAGAUGAAUCUACGAAUAAAAAGCUACCAAAUUCUUUUAACUUUAAGCCAUCAUCAUCCCUCCGAAGAGUUAGCAUUGCAACAGUGCCUAGGAGUACUGGAAAUGCAGGAAUUGGGUUGCCGCUGGCUCAGCUCCAUGAACCCGAUGGAGAUGAACGAAGCGAUAAAUUCACCAGGAGAUCAAGCAGUUGGGGGCGACUAGGAGCAAAGCAACAUGAGAAGCGUCCUUCACUACAGCGGUUCAUUAGCACGUAUUCCUGGGCAGAGUAUGAAGAUGAACAUUCUGAAACAAAAAAUGAGCAGUUGGAAACACCUGCUGAAGUACAAGAACAACCAUCCAGGAAGGAAAGCAUCUCUGAAAAAGGAAAAUAUUCAUCAAGAUGGAACCUGGAGUCAGUGUACAACUUUGUGUCAUCAUGGGCAUCCCAUUUCAAGACUUCCUUUUCCAACACUAACAAAACUCUCUGGGUUUCUGUUUCUGUCCUGGUGCUUCUUGCUGCUCUUACAAGCUUCCUCACUGGGCUGUCUCUUCAGAGACCAGCAGAUGCAGCACCUGUAGGAACUGGGGACUCCUGGACUUCACUACAGCAACUGUUGUGGCCGUAUACAGGACUUCAACACAAUGGACCACCCCCAGUAUAA